GCCUGAGAGGAGGGACGGGGAAAUGAAAGACUGUCUUGAAGCACGGGUGGCUCUGGUGCUGGUGUUGGUGGCUCUGUGCGUUCAGGACUCGGACUCGUCCAUGUUUUGGUUUGUCAAUGUUUUCUUUCCACCCGUCGGCCCUGAAGACGCGAAGCUAAACCAGAGUGAAGGAGCCCCUAUUGUAAUUGUGCCUGGGAAUAUUGGAAAUCAGCUGGAAGGGAAACUGAACAAGCCCAGCCUGGUCCAUUGGCUCUGCAUGAAGAAGACCCAUGACUAUGUCACACUCUGGCUCAACUUGAACACCUUCAUGCCGAUUGGAAUUGACUGUUGGAUUGAUAAUGUCAGACUUGUUUACAAUCAAACUACACGGAAAUCCACCAACGCACCUGGAGUGGAGACCCGGGUUCCUGGCUUUGGGAAAACCUUCUCUGUGGAACAUCUGGACAACAUCCAACUGACAGGCUAUCUGCACACGCUGGUGCAGUCCUUGGUGAACCUGGGCUACGUUCGAGAUGAGACUGUGCGGGCAGCUCCCUACGACUGGAGAUUCGCAUCAAUUGAACAAGAGGAGUAUUUCCACAAACUGAAGAACCUGAUAGAAGAAAUGUACACCUCUUACAGGAAGCCCGUGUAUCUGCUAGGCCACAGCUUGGGCUGCCUGCACCUCUUACACUUCCUGAACAACCAACCCCAAGCAUGGAAAGACAAGUUCAUUCAUGGAUUCAUAUCGCUCGGUGGGCUGUGGGGCGGAGCCAUUAAAUCGCUCAGGGUCCUGGCCUCAGGAGACAACUAUGGCGUGUCUCUUCUUCCACCCAUGAAGGUCCGAAUACAGCAACGAACAACCACAACUAACCCCUGGAUCCUGCCCACCAAGCAGGCCUGGCCCCCCGAGCACAUCUUCAUCUCCACGCCCACCUACAACUACACGUAUGAUGACUACAGAAAGUUCUUCAGUGAUAUCGAGUACGAGGACGGCUGGUUCAAGUGGCAGGACAGCAAAGAGCUGCUCUCUAACCUGCCCGCGCCAGGCGUGGAGGUUUACUGUGUGUACGGUAUCGGAGUGCCCACACCGGUGACUUACAUAUAUGACGAACACUUUCCCAACGCCCAGCCUGUGGGGUUUCUCUACGAAGACGGCGAUAACACCGUGAGCACCAGAAGCCUGUCUCUGUGCAAAGGAUGGAAGGAGCAGCAGAAGCAGAAAGUUCACGUCAUCGAGUAUCCUGGCCUGCAGCACUUGGAUAUAGUUUACAGCAACCAAACACUGACUCUCAUUGAGGAUAUUGUGCUGGGGUCCUAUUCCGAAUCCUAUUCUGAACGUCAACACGAACCUAGCAACUAGACCUCGGUGAUGGGACAAGGCAGGGCCAUGUCGCACAAUCCUUUCCAGUUCUUUAUCGAUACCAAACCCACAGCUUGGCCAGAAGCAGCUUUUUGCCUGGGGGAACGGUCAAAGCAUCCAAGGAACUCUUCAUUACAACAAUCCCAUUCUCUGCUAAAUCAGCGUCAGACUGGCUCAGUUGGUACUUUUGCUACUGAGUCAGGAGGUUUUAAGUUUAAGCUCCAUGUCGGGACUUUGAGCUCAUAGUCUGUCUCUCCAGUGCUGUGUUGAGGCAAAUCACAACAUCAUCGGAAGUGCUCUGUUUCGAAUAAGACGUUAAGCCAAUGUCCCGUCUGCCUGUUCAGGUGGACGUAAAGAUCCCACACCACUCUUCGAAAAAUGAAGAGAGUUUCCCUCAUCUGGUGUCUUGGCCAACAAUCCCCCAAAUACAAUUUAUAACUCACUUCAUGGCUGUUUGCAGACACUACUGUGCAUAAAUUGGCAGCCACAUUUGCCUAAAAAUACACAGGCACUACAUUGUACAGUACAUCCCAUGACAAACUUUGGAAUGUUUCAGAGUGUAAUAAGAGUUAACAUCAGAGGAAGAGAUUAUUAUUGUUAGAUUAUCUGCCAUCUACAACAUUCUAAUGUCAUUAAUAUUUAUAUGCAGAAAUUUUGGACUUUCCUAGCCAUAAAUUCUUGAAACCCGUCCAUUUAAACAGGAAUGAUUACUUCAGACAUGGUUUGGUUUUAGCAGUGAUUUCAAUAAAUGGGAUUUAUUCUCUGGGAAACCUAUCUUGUUUUUUUUAAAAAUCUUUGACAAUUUUUAAAGAAUCUCAAAGGCAACGUUGAGUUCUGUCUCAACUCUUUCAGCCUCUGGGCAAGGCUUACAGUUCUCAAGACAGACCAUUAGGUGGAGACAUUGUAAAGGAGGGAAGGACUGUAUUCUCAAUCUAUUGUGGCUGUAUUUUGUGGCAGCCAAAUUUUUGCACAGCAAUGUCCUACAAACAGCCAUGAACUGAGUGACCAAUUUUUUACUAGGCGGUUGUUGGACAGGACCUCCGACAAUGCAACACACCCUCAGCGCUGCAUUGGGAGGUCAGCCUCAACUCUGAGCUCGAAGUCUCUACGUGACCCACAACCUUCUGCCUAGGAGAUGAGGGUACUACCAACUGAGCUUGGGUUACACACAUAACUAGGGUGGAAUGUGUGGUGGGGGGGGAGGAAGCAGAAACAAUAUCUGGGUGUGCAAAACAAAUCAAAGGC